UCUACGUCUUCUUGUCUCUCUCUCCCGGGCCCGUUCGUUAAGUCCCCCGCGCGCCUCGGCGGCAAGAUGAGCAUCGAGAUCCCGCCGGGUCUGACGGAGCUGCUGCAGGGCUACACGGUGGAGGUGCUGCGGCACCGGCCGCCGGACCUGCUGGCCUUCGCCGCCGAGUACUUCGGACGCCUGAGGGAAGCCCGCGACCAGCAGCAGAGGGAGCUUCAGGCUGGCGUGGGGGCCAGGGGCAAAGGGGUCAACUUCGACGCGGAGCCCAUGCAGACAGAGUCCAACGGCGAGGAAGAGCGCAGGGACGAAGACUCCGACUCCGACUUUGAGCCUCCUGUGAUCAACAAAUUCAACAGAAGAGUAUCAGUCUGUGCAGAAGCAUUCAACCCAGAUGAAGAAGAGGAAGACACAGAACCAAGGAUAGUAAAUCCCAAAACAGAUGAGCAGAGAUGCAGAUUGCAAGAAGCAUGCAAAGAUAUCCUCAUCUUCAAAAAUCUAGAUCAGGAGCAACUAUCACAGGUUCUUGAUGCCAUGUUUGAAAUGAAAGUUCAACCUCAGGAUCAUGUAAUCGACCAAGGAGAUGACGGAGACAACUUUUAUGUAAUUGAACGGGGAUUGUAUGAUAUUUUUGUAACACGAGAUGGCCAAACUCGCUGUGUUGGCCGCUACGAUAAUCAUGGCAGUUUUGGGGAACUGGCGUUGAUGUACAACACUCCUAGAGCUGCGACAAUUGUUGCCACAACAGAAGGAUCCCUUUGGGGAUUGGAUCGAGUGACGUUCAGAAGAAUUAUCGUGAAAAACAAUGCAAGGAAAAGGAAGACGUAUGAACUAUUCAUUGAGUCAGUGCCCAUCCUUAAGUCACUGGAGCCUUCAGAGCGAAUGAAAAUUGUUGAUGUAAUAGGGGAGAAAACGUUUCAAGAUGGGGAACGUAUCAUUGCUCAGGGUGAUAAGGCAGACAGCUUUUACAUUGUAGAAUCUGGUGAAGUAAAAAUCUUGAUUAAAAGCAAGACCAUCACAGGCAAGGACGCAAACCAAGAGGUGGAGAUUGCUCGAUGUGAAAAAGGACAGUAUUUUGGAGAACUUGCACUUGUUACCAACAAACCCAGAGCAGCUUCUGCCUAUGCAGUUGGGGAGGUCAAAUGUUUAGUUAUGGACGUGCAAGCAUUCGAAAGGUUACUUGGGCCCUGCAUGGACAUUAUGAAGAGGAAUAUAACCCAUUACGAAGAGCAGCUGGUAGCGUUGUUUGGUUCUAGCUUGGACCUGACACAUCCAGGCAAUUAGGCACAGAGUACCUUAGUGCCUUCUCAGUUCAAGACACAGAAAAGUCUCCUAUUAGCAACAGCGCAGCACCACACAAAUGAAAGAAGGACACUAUGGGACAGUGGCUGUUGGUGUCUUCUUGGGCAUUUUUUUAGAAACUUACAUAGGUCUCAGCACAGCUGGACAGGUCAAGGUUUGCUCCAGGCCUCUGCUUUGCUGCUGCUGAAAUUUCAUUAUUAGACCUAGCUUACUGCUGAGUCUCUUAAUCCUCCUUUCACUUUGCUUGAUUCAGAAUGGCAUGUCUCUCCAACAAUUCAAGUGCCUGAUACGAAAGAUGUGGAGCCCUCUUAUUUGUUCUUGUUUAAAAAAAUAAUCAUUGCGAGAGAAAACUUUGUAAUUGUGAUUUGGAAUAGCAGGUGGCUCUUCCUUCUUUCAGGGACAGCUACCUCCUUACCAGUAUCUUCCUUUUGACGUUUCCUCCCCCUGACAGAGUAUCAAUCUGCUUUUAAUACAGAUGUUGUACUUGGAUUUGAAAUAGUUGGCAAUGUCAAGGGCAUGGGAAGAUUUUGGAGCUAGAGAGUUCUGAGGUUUCCCUGCCACCCUGCUGCAAAUAGCAGGUACUGCAGCUUCUAAAGCUUCUGGGUCCAAGGGUGGACCUACUCGUGUCAAUGAAUAAUGAAGCAAAAUACUGAAUUCUGAGCAGUAUCUGGCAGAAAACGGAAUUAGGUUUUUUAUAUAUGUAUAAUUAAGCUACAGUGAAUUUGAAUAUUAGGUCAAGGGAUCCAGUGGCCAGAAGUGUUACAACAAUAUUGUCCUCCCAAAGUUCACCUGUUUUCUUGAUUAAGACUUAAUUUGUGGUCUGAUGGAAAACAGAAGUGCGUAACCCAAGUUCCUGUUUGUGGGGAUUCUUUAUACACUUCAAUUUUGCAUGGCACUGCCCUGCGCAGAAUCAGUUUUAAUGCUCUUUUUUAAGGAGGGUUGGUUUUUUGUUUUUGUUUUUUGUAACUUAUAUUUAUGUACUUAAGGGGCUCCCUCCUACUGUAACAUUUUACAGUAUUCUUUAACAAAAUUAGGUAUACACUUUCCAGUUGCCAAGUCUGUUUGCUAAAUCUUUUUUUGGAAACUUACUUCAAACGAGAAUGAUUUCUUUUUUUAAAAAAAAAGAAAGAAACCUAAAAUGAAAAAAAUCUCACUCCCUGGACAAUUGAUAUUGUGGCUGGAGGGAUCUUUAGAGCUCAGAUUCAGUUAAUUACAUUUCUCCAAAACACUUGCUAAGUCAGCAGCAUUUUUUUUU